CACAGCUCAGAUGCUGACAGACUAAAGUUUCGUCGGCUUGUGUGUAUAAGGACAACUUCCCAUUACAUGAAUGAUGGGGAAUCAAAGAUAUUUUGGAAUUCUACACCUUGGAUUUUUUAUAUGGAUGUCAUUUUGUAUUAAAGACUCGUUACAGGGGGAAUAUCAGCGGAAGUUGUAUAAGGAGUUGAUGGAGAGCUAUAACAGACUGGAAAGGCCUGUGCUCAAUGAUUCUGCACCUAUAGUGGUGGAGCUGGGACUCACACUGCUUCAGAUCAUAGACGUGGAUGAAAAAAAUCAGGUAUUAAUAACCAACGCCUGGCUACAGCUGUCAUGGACGGAUAUCUAUCUGAGCUGGAACCCUGAUAACUACCCUGGUGUUCAGACCCUGCGUUUCCCGUCCAAUCAGAUCUGGACACCAGAUAUUCUGCUGUACAACAGUGCCGAUGAGAGAUUUGAUGCCACCUUUCAUACGAACGUCCUGGUUAAUGCAUCAGGUGCUUGUCAGUACAUACCACCAGGUAUUCUGAAGAGUACAUGUUACAUAGAUGUGCGCUGGUUCCCGUUCGAUAUACAAAAAUGUGAUCUCAAGUUUGGCUCCUGGACUUAUAACGGCUGGCUGCUGGACCUGCAGAUGCAGGCGGUGGACAUCUCCACAUACAUCCCCAAUGGAGAAUGGGAUUUAGUGGGGGUCCCUGGGAAGCGUAAUGAGUUGUAUUAUGAGUGCUGUAAGGAGCCGUACCCUGACGUGACUUUUACAGUAACGAUGCGCAGGCGAACAUUGUAUUAUGGUCUGAACCUGCUCAUUCCCUGUGUGCUCAUCUCUGGCCUGGCUCUCCUCGUCUUCCUGCUGCCUGCAGAUUCUGGAGAGAAGAUAUCACUGGGUAUCACUGUCCUCUUGUCAUUGACGGUCUUCAUGCUGCUAGUGGCUGAGAUCAUGCCGGCCACCUCUGACUCAGUUCCUCUCAUAGCUCAGUACUUUGCCAGCACCAUGAUGAUUGUGGGUUUGUCGGUUGUUGUCACCGUCCUCAUUCUGCAGUUUCAUCAUCACGAUCCACAAGGUGGAAAGAUGCCAAGAUGGGUACGUGUGAUCCUGCUCAACUGGUGCGCCUGGUUCUUGCGCAUGAAGAAGCCGGGUGAGGAGCGCAAAGCCAGCUACAAAUACGAGCACUCUCCAGAGCACCACGCCAGCGCCAGCAGCAUUCAGAUGGGAGUAAUGCCCGGUCAGCCGCCUUCUGCCAACUCCACCAAUGGUCACAUGAACCUGUACUUUGGCUUCCACUCCAUUGACAGCGCAUGCUGCCCUCCCAGCAGUGACUCCGGUGUGUCCUGCAGCGGUGGGCGAGUCGGCGGGUCACCAAACGAAGAACAGCGGGAGGCAGUCAGGAUGUUUGCAGGCGAACAGGAGAUCCAUCGCAUCCUAGUUGAAGUGAUGUACAUCGCUCAGCGGUUCCGUGACCAGGAUGAAGCCGAGGCCAUCUGCAGCGAGUGGAAAUUUGCGGCAGCAGUCGUGGACCGGCUCUGCCUGGUGGCGUUUUCUCUUUUCUCCAUCAUCUGCACCUUUACCAUUCUCAUGUCUGCGCCGAACUUCAUCGAGGCAGUCUCGAAGGACUUCACAUAAUUGCCAAAGCAUCACACUUUCUUUUGUUUCUGAAGAAACACCACGCGAUUGAGUGUGAGAAGUGUCUACCACCAAAGUCGAUUCCUUCCUCUUCUCAUCGAUCUGGGAGCAACAUGAACUAUUGUUACAAUACUAAUGAUAAAAAAGAAAACUGACAAAGUUGUGUAUUUUUUAAAUGUGACUUUUCGAACAAACAUACAGACCCUUGGACAUGCUGUUCGGGUGAUAUUUUGUCUUUAUAUAAUGUAUGUGGAUUGAGCACCUGAGGGCUGGUUUCUGUAAAGAUGUGUUCUCGGUGUGCAACACUGUUAGUCACAACAGCUACAAAUGUGUCUGUGAUGUUUAUGUGCUAAAAAUCAAGCAUAAUCAAUCCCAGAAUCCCUUUGGAAGUCACACAGUUUCUUUUAAUUUCUUGGCUUUAUUAAUAUUUUUAUCAUUUAAUAUUAUUUUAGAACCUAACUGACAUUUACUUACCAAAGCAACAAUGACACAUGUUGAUGGUAGAAUUAACACACUUUGAAAAUCAC